AUGGCUGACAAGGGUGCCUUUCGACAGGACCUCAUUGUGUCCAGUCGAUAUCAGAAUCGCCUUCCUCCGCCGCCGUUUGCGCCCAAGUUUCUGGAAAUUGACACUGGUGGCAUUGACCAGUACCUCACGACUAGCUUCGCAUCAUCACUUGCGCGACGAGAAGAGCCCAAUAUCGAUGUCGAUGCUGAAGGCGGAAUGCCUAUCGACAUGAUAGGUAUACCAGGCUACCUAGCCGGAGAUGAGAGUGCGAUCAUGGCCCCUGAACGACCGCCUAUACUCGAUCCAGCAGACCAGGAACUUAUGCUGUCAGUCGAUCAAAUCAAGAAGCAGGGCGCUGGAAACAACGUCUCGUUUCUACGCAAGACACAAUACCUCUCCACCUCCAGCAUACGAAGCACAGAUCCGUUCACCAAGAAUGCGCGAUCACGGCAGCCUGUGAGUAUGAAGACAGCACCGCCGGUCGAUAGAGACGACAAAGAGAACGUCAAAAGACACGUACAGAAGGGUUUCGACCUAGCGUAUCCGGACAGCAUACCAUACAAUGUUUCCGAGGUGACGCAAAUUCAGAGAACAAAGCAAGAGCGCGAGGCGUGGGAGCACCCAAUACAUCCAAGUGGUGAUCAAAGCAUACGCCCUGUUGAUUACUACCCAGUUCUUCCCGAUUUUGAGGCCACAACGGACGAGGGAGGCACCUUUCAACGAAUCAAGUUCGACAAAGCACCACUUCCUGCGCACCACGGAAAGCGAGAUGAUCGUAUAGACGUGGCAACCUUUCAGACUCUCCCCAACCCCGCCCUUGCCGCAGAGUGGCAGGCAAAGCUGGAGGCAUAUGAACGGGACCCCAAUGCCUAUGAUCAUCCUGGACCAGAGCCUCAUACAUUUGUUAUGGCUACGCCAUCGGACCCCAGUCACGUGCCAUUGGUCCGCAAGUUCCUCUACGAUGGUCACCCUGAUAAGGACGAUCCAGCCGUCUCCAACCCGAUGCUAGCUGAGUCGCUCUCUGGGGAGAUGCGUGUACCUUUUGAGCGGAAACGCGUGUACGCAUCUAAUAAACAGGAGGCCGUUGACCAGCGGCGCUUCCUUGCAUUAGGUCUCUAUGAUCCGAACUCUUCCGGAAACCUUGUGCCUCCUUCGGACAUCAAACGCAAACAAGGCAAGGCGGCCUAUUAUUAUCCUGUCGCCGAGAUGAUUCGUCUAAGACCUGAUCGCAGCAAGAUUGCGAAUCCUUCCUUUCAGACAGACAGCGACACGCCGUUGGCCGAUUUAUUCAUGUACAUGCCUCGUCAGCUCGACUCAAGGGAAGCGUACGAUCGGCUACAAAUGCGUGGAAGAUACGAUUAUGCAUUCGAAAAUGAGUACGAGGAAUUGAGGGCUGCAGCCCUUGCGCAAGAGGAAGCACAACAAGCCGAAGAUAUCGUGCAGGAGCAGGGGACGCUCGAAAAGGGACAGGCCGAUGUGAGUAUGGACGAGGUGCUUAAUGGUGAAGAGGCGGAAGUAGCACUCGACCGGAGUGGUGGACAGCGCCCAGCCAGGGAUGACGACGAUGCAAUGGACGACGACUAG